AUGGCUGCUUGGAUAAGGUACGCAACGUGGGAAGCUACGCAAGGUCAAAUGGACCGGUCACGCUCGGUGUUUGAACGUGCACUUGAUGUUGACCCUCAUCAUGUGCCCCUCUGGCUUCGAUAUACGGAGCAGGAGCUCAAAAUGCGAAAUAUAAACCAUGCAAGAAACUUGUUUGAUAGAGCUGUAUCAAUACUGCCUCGCAUCGAUCAGCUCUGGUAUAAAUAUGUGCAUGUGGAAGAGCUGUUGGGUAACAUAAGUGGCACGCGUGAAAUUUUUGAGCGUUGGAUGGCAUGGGAGCCCGAUGAACGUGCAUGGAAUGCCUUUAUUGCGUUCGAAGUUCGGUAUCAUGAAUUUGACAGGGCUAGUGCUGUGUGGGAGCGAGCAGUAACUUGCCAUCCCGAGCCCAAGCAAUGGAUCAAAUGGGCUAAAUACGAGGAAGACAGAGAUGAUCUAGACAAUGCACGGCGAGUUUUUCACAUGGCACUUGACUUUUUUGGAGAAGAAGAAGCAGCACUCGAGCGCGCACAAAGCAUAUUUACUGCCUUUGCCAAGAUGGAGACCCGACAGGGUGAAUUCGAUCGUGCGCGUAUGAUCUAUAAAUACGCCCUAGAACGCAUCCCUCGCGCCAGAAGCGAAGGCAUCUAUACCAGUUAUACCCGAUUUGAAAAACAAUUCGGUAGUAUAAAAGGGGUCGAAGACACCGUUACUCAAAAACGCCGAUUGCAGUACGAAGAAGAAAUCGAAGCGGCGAAUGGCGCAACGACCGGCAACUACGAUACGUGGUUCGAUUACGCGCGCCUUGAAGAAGAGUCGUACCGAUCACUUGUCGAAGAAGGUGCUCCUAUUUCUGCUUUAGAGGUCGCCUGCAAUAAAGUCCGUGAUGUAUAUGAACGGGGGAUACGGAUCACUCCACCGACUGCGGAAAAGCGUUUGUGGCGUCGCUAUAUAUAUUUAUGGCUUCGAUAUGCACUAUUUGAGGAGUUAGAUUCAAUGGAUCUCGAACGGGCAAAAAAAGUGUAUGCAUCUGCGAUAUCCGCCAUCCCGCACCAAAAGUUUACGUUCGCAAAACUGUGGCUCAAUUAUGCAAAGUUCGAGAUUCGCCGUUUAGAUCUAGCGCUGGCUCGAAAGAUCCUUGGGACGGCUGUUGGACUCUCACCCAAACCGAAACUUUUCAAAGGCUACAUUGAAAUUGAAAUGGCAUUAAAAGAAUUUGACCGGGUACGCAAGUUGUACGAAAAAUGGAUCGAAUGGGACCCUAGCAGUGCAGCAACGUGGGUCAAGUUUGCCGAAUUAGAGCAGAACUUGUUCGAUCUAGAGAGGGUUCGUGCCAUUUAUGAGCUUGGGAUUAGUCAGGCCGAUUCUGAGCUUGGUGGUCUCGAUAUGCCGGAAGUACUAUGGAAGGCCUACAUUGACUUUGAAUUCGGCGAACGAGAGAUGGAGCGUGUAGACGCGCUGUAUGAGCGAUUGCUCGAAAAGACUAGCCAUGUUAAAGUAUGGAUUAGCUACGCACUCGGAAAAAUGGCUGCAGUGAUCGCCCUGGAAGAAGAUGAAGAUGCAGAAGCUGAAGAGGAGGGACGAGAAGCACCCUUAUCUGAUGAACAACUAGCGUAUCGCGCUUCCUCGCACCAGGAAGCAGCCAAGGAGACUCGAUCCAUCUUUGAGCGUGGUUACAAGCGACUGAAGGAGGAGGGCGUCAAAGAGGAGCGUGUGGUACUUCUAGAAGCAUGGAAAGCAUUUGAAGUCGAGCAUGGUGAUUCAGCUAGUGUUGACUCUGUGCAAGCCAGGAUGCCACGUGUAAUCAAGCGUCGUCGCGAGGUUCCAGACGGAGAAGGGGUAAUGGAAGAGUAUUAUGACCUUGCGUUCCCUGAUGAUGAGGAACAGAAUAAGCCUGCACACAAACUGUUACAGAUGGCGCGUGCAUGGCAUGCACAACAGUCGGCAGACUCAUCACAUAUGUAG